AUGUCACUGCUUGUUGCUUUAAUUAUUGGUACAGGUGAUGAAUUAGAAGAUGAAAUAGCUUAUCAGUUAGGAAAAAAAAGUAUAUGUGUUUUAUUUUGUUCAAACAAUGAAAAUAAAUUUGAACGAAUAAUAAAGAAAUUGAACAAUGAAGAUAUUGAGCCCAAAUUUAUUAUACUUAAUACAGUCGAUCUUAAAACGACUGACGAAGUAAUUGAAAAAAUCGAUGAACAGUUCGGAAAACUUGAUAUUUUAAUUAAUGUUGGAAUAUUUCUGGAUAAUAAUCAAUUGAAAAUAAAUACUAUGUUAUAUGAAGGAUUUGAAUCGAGAGAAUCUUUUGAUCUAUUGACUGUAUUAAAGGCAUUUAUACGUUUACUUCAAAAAUCUCCUUCUAGCCGUAUAAUUAAUGUAUAUGGUGAAAUGAAUGAAUAUGAUUCUGACAUGAAAUCAUGGACUAAAUUAUUUCGUGAUUAUUCAGCAAAAUUCGAAUUAGAUAAACUUAUGGAUCAAUUUUACGAAGAAUUUACUAAUACAAAUAUCAAGAUUAGUUCUGCUAUCCUUGGUAAUGAUAAUAAUAUUCAAACUAUAGUAGAAGAAGCUGAUCGUAUUGUUCAUUUAGCAAUUUUACCUUUUAAUUCAUCUCGAAAAUCUAAGACGAUGCGUAUUCUUUAUGGCAUCGUAGGUGAAGGAAUGGGACAUGCAACACAAUCCAAAGUCACACUUGAAAUACUGCUAAAGGAGCAAUAUCAUGUUAAAGUCGUCGUAAGCAAUCGUGCAUAUAAAUUUCUUCAUGACAACUUUUCAAAACGAUUCCCAAGUUGUGACGAAGCGAGUGAAGGUGAAGCAGCUAUUGAUAUAAUUAAAAUUGAAGGUUUAACAAUGCAAUAUGUUAAUAAUGUAUUUGAUGAAAAAGCUUCAGUAUUACACACCAUGCAACGCAUGCCAGAUAUGCUUAACAAAAACCUUGAUGCAUAUUAUAAAAAUCUUGUUUCAUGGAUGCCUCAAGCUGUUAUUAGUGAUUUUGAUAGUUUUGCAUACAUUUUUGCUAAAAUACAUGGACUACCCAUCCUUUCGAUCGAUAAUCAACAUAUUGUACAACGAUAUGUCAUUCCAGAAGAAGCUAGAGAGUCAAAUCCAAUAGCAUUUUAUACAUACAAAUGUUUUGUCAAAGCAAAACUUCCACGUUGUAAUACAAUAGCUGUUCCACCAAUUCUUCGUCAGAGUAUUCUUGAUGCAAAACCAUUACCAGUUGAACAUUGUGAAUAUUUUCUUGUUUAUCAAAGUAGCAAAAGUGAUACGUCUCUUAUUUCUGUUUUACAAGCCUUUGGUGAAAAAUGUAUCAUAUAUGAACUUGGUCGCGAGGAAAAAGUUGAUAAUCUGAAAUUCAAAGAUUUUUCUGAACACGGAUUUGUAGAUGAUUUAGCAUGUGCUAAAGGUGUCUUUGAUAAUGGUGGACUUUCUCUUAUGAAUGAAGAAGUAAGCUUACAACGACCAUUUUUGAGUGUGCCCGUCGAGAAUCAAUAUGAACAAGUGCUCAAUGCUUGGUAAUUAGAAAGGCUAGGCUAUGGUAUUUUUGCAGAUAAAAUAGAGCUUGAACCACUUCGACAAUGGGCACAAAACAUUUCAAACUAUGCAAAAGCACUUUCAUACUAUCAUCAUGAUUCAAAUAUGCUUUUGUACAAGUCAGUGAAAAGAGUUCUCCAAGAAUUUAAUACAAGAUCUGUAUAGUGGAAUUCAUUGAGAUACUUUAAAUGAACAUCCUUAUCAAUCAUCAAGUUCUAUUUAUAUUAGAAUUGUUUCAUCUAUUUUAAUUACUAAUCUCAACAACUUACAUGAUUAUUUUUAAUUACUAUACUAUGCAGUCUAUAUAUCGUAGUUUAUAAUAAAAAAAUAGACAGAAUAAAAACCGCAUGAAAACCAAAAUAUUAUUUAUUAUCCAUGGAAGUUCAUCUUUUUCUUGAGGAUGAAAGCGAGUAUAUUUCCUCGACUGAAGGGAGGGUCAUAUGAAAUAAACUGCAUUUGUAUGUAUGUGUCAAGGUGAAAAAAACAUUGUCUCAAAGAUUAAUACUCACUUAUUUUCUACAUAUACUCCUGUACAGCUUGACUAAAGGUUUUCGCUAGAGGUGUUAGCCGCCGAUUUUUCGCCGCCGCCGCCGCCGAUCGAGUAAAGGGUCAUAGUUCAAGCUUCCUCUGUUUCUAAAUUAUCACUUGUUGAAAAUAAUCAGUAAUAUCUCAAGUUUGAUAUAUGUGACAAUUAGAGAUUGCUGAAACCAACAGAACUUUUGAAAAAUAGGAAUUAGUGUAUUUUUUCUUGGAUGACAUAUGGUCUGAAAAUCGAGCUGAUAAGCAAAUAUGUCUCCUUGUGAUCUUGUGACGCUACCAUAUUUAUUAGGCUUUCAUUUGCCUUAUUCCUUUAUGCACAAUAGAUUCAUCGCUAUUAUUUUCUCCGUUUCGCGAUUUUUGACUUAUUCAGUGUGCAGUUUCGACUAAUUGCCUAGUUUGAGUUCGAAUAUAGAUGUAACUAACAUUGCGAUUCGAAUUCCAAUUCCAAUCGACACUCUCCUGCCGGUUUAGAAAAAAGAAAAAUAUUUAGUUUCAAUUUUAAUUCAAAUAAUCAAUGAAAACAAAUCAUGCUCUUUUUCUCGACU